AGGAGGAGCCGAGGACCGCGGAGGGGAGGAGGGGAGUAGGGGAGCCACGCUGGGAAGCCGAGGGUUCCUCGCGCAAGUGCCCGCAGCGCCCGGAAGCGUCCAAAGGCCCAGAUGCUGGCAGAUGUGGAGGCCUCUCCGGGAACCAGGACCACUUCCACGAUGACGCAAUAGUCAUGCCAAAUUAUACAUGUAUAUUUCACCUCCACCCGGCAGGCCAGAGCCAUCCUCUCGGCCUCUAAGUGCACAACGGAACUAGAAAUCAAGGAAGAGACCAAAAGGGUAAAAAAAAAAAAAAAAAAAAAUUAAGGCGCGUGGGGUGGUGGGGGUCCUUGAGCUGGAAAGCAGAGACCCUGGCUUAUUGCGUGGUUCCCCCACCACCACCACCAUCCCCCCCCCCACGCCUUCCGUAGCACGAGCUUGAAUCAUUUACUAUGAAACCGGUGACUAAGGGAGAUACAGCGUGUUGAACCACUGAAGCACGCCCCCCCCCACACACCAGCCAGAAAAGGGAUACCCCGUCGGCUCUGGACCUGGCAAAUGUACCUGGGCUCCCCCUGGAGGCCACAUUCUCCGAGGUCCCCUUUCGGUCCCCAGUGUCCCUCAGGUAUUCCGUUGUAAUCCCGGAGAACUGAUACACCCUAGUGCUCUGAAACUUGGCCUGUGCUCGAGGCGGCAACCCCUGCCCCUCUGCCUGGCGACGCUUGAACACAUCCGUCUGGCCAGGUCCCGUUCACUGGCCAAGAGUGUAGCAUUGAACAUGGGGCACUGGGGCGGGGGUGCACUCCACGCUGACACCACACCCCACCCCUUAACUUGCUGACCAGGGAUAAUCGCUUCCUUUCAUCGAUUCACAGCGUUAGAAAAAUGCAGCGUUGAGAGGCAGCGCGGAGGUCAACUGGACCAUCAUCCUUAGGUUGCAGGGAAGAAAACUGAGACCUAGAAAGAUGAAGCGGUUGUCCCAAAGGCUGCUCCCAGUACUCAAGGACUUGGAGCACACUUGGGGAGAUUCUCACUGUUGUAUUCCCAUUCCUCACUUUUCAGGAGGCCUGAACUCUCAAACUCCGAAUCUGAUUUCCACUCUCCCAGGAAGGCUACGGAAAUAACGGAAAGUUCCUUGCAGAUUCUCACUGAGCCUCUCCCCAGGCCCCACCCUUUGGCCCUGUGUGUCUGCGAGUAGGAAUGCGCAUUGCUAGCUACUUUCGAUGCAAUGAACCUGGAAGAUAUUUUGUAUGGACUGAAUAACGAGUUGAGGAAGGCAGAACAGUGCCUUCAGGUCAGUUCCUGGUUCAAGACCGGCCUCUGCCACUUGCUCUUAGAGGUAAAGAGAGCAGGGCCUGCCCCGUUCUUCGUUUGCAGGACCAUUUGUUCAGGCAGCAUUUGCAGGGACUCGUAUUCCGAAAGGAGGGUCUAUCCAGGAGCUUGAGAAGGAGAGCACUCAGCCACGAGAGCAUCGAGAGUGCCAGAAAAACAUCCCAAGACUCACACAGGAUUGUGCCUCAUAGUGGAUGUUUUGGCCACUGGACAUCAGAACCACAUUUUGAGUUUGAAGAAUCUUCUACAUGAUGAGGAAACUGAGGCCUUGAGAGGUAUACUGCUUUGCCAAAGUCAUACAAAUGCUGAGAAAGUGGAAUUCCAGAGACACUCCUGAAAUUGUCCUAAGUUAAAGGAGCCAGUGUGCCAGCUCCCUCUCUGCCAUCGCCUCUGAGAGCAGCCAUGGCCCUGAGUGAUGUCGAUGUGAAAAAGCAGAUUAAGCACAUGAUGGCUUUCAUUGAGCAGGAAGCCAAUGAGAAAGCAGAGGAAAUCGAUGCCAAGGCUGAGGAAGAGUUUAACAUUGAGAAAGGACGCCUUGUGCAAACCCAGCGACUGAAGAUUAUGGAGUAUUAUGAGAAAAAGGAGAAGCAGAUAGAGCAGCAGAAGAAAAUCCAGAUGUCCACCAUGAGGAAUCAGGCAAGGCUGAAAGUCCUGAGAGCCCGAGAUGACCUCAUCUCGGAUUUGCUCAGUGAGGCGAAGCUGAGACUCAGCCGGAUUGUGGAGAACCCAGAGGUCUAUCAGGGGCUUCUGGAUAAACUGGUGCUCCAGGGUCUGCUCCGACUGCUGGAACCUGUGAUGAUUGUGCGCUGCCGGCCACAGGACCUCCUCCUGGUGGAGGCUGCUGUGCAAAAAGCCAUCCCCGAAUACAUGACAAUUUCCCAAAAACAUGUGGAGGUCCAGAUUGAUCAAGAGGCAUACCUGGCUGUGAAUGCAGCUGGAGGUGUGGAGGUCUACAGUGGCAAUCAGAGAAUAAAGGUUUCAAAUACCUUGGAAAGCCGACUGGAUCUCUCAGCGAAGGAAAAGAUGCCAGAAAUACGAAUGGCCUUGUUUGGUGCUAACGCCAAUAGAAAGUUCUUUAUAUAAGCCUCUGGGAAGUGAAGCUAGUGUUGAACCACUAAACCACGAAAGUUUAAGUUUUGGGGGGAAAAGAAACUAGUAGUGUUUCCUCCUCUUUGAUGCUCUGAUAUUGUUCUGUUUUUCUUCAUGAAAUACCCCUUGGAUGGCUAAAGUGUUAACUUUGAAAUAAAGCCCAAAUUAAUGCUCAGAA